AUUCGAUAUAUGUAUUUUUGAAAGGACGGACUGGGUGAUAUGAAUUUAAAAUAGGUCUAAAUACCAAAACGAAACGAUCAUGCCUGUUAACCCGGAAGGAGAACCGCGUUUGCCUUUUUUCCACCAAGUGCGAAGAGUCUAAAGGUGAUGUUUAAGGUUGCCCUCAGGUGCCUUCGGACCACUCCCGUCUCAGGUCACAGAGGCAUGUCUCAGAGUAGCCUCGCUGGCAAAGUGGCCAUUGUCACCGCCUCCACGGCUGGCAUCGGCCUGGCCGCCGCCCGAGCCCUGGGCGAGAGGGGGGCUCACGUGGUGGUGAGCAGCAGGCGCCAGGCCGGCGUGGACAAGGCCGUGGCCCUGCUGCAGAGCCAGAACAUCCGAGUCACCGGCACCACCUGUAACGUCGGGGACCACGGCGAUCGAGAACGGCUGCUUCAGACGACUCUGGAUCAGUGCGGCGGCGUUGACAUCCUGGUGUCCAACGCGGCUGUGAACCCUUUCUUCGGAAACCUCAUGGACACCACGGAGGAAGUCUGGGACAAGGUUAUGUCCGUCAAUGUAAAAGCGGCCUUCCUCAUGACCAAGUUGGUGGUUCCGCAUAUGGCAAAGAGGGGCGGGGGAAAUGUUGUGCUUGUGUCGUCCGUGGCCGCCUACCAACCCAUGCAGGGCUUGGGUGCGUACAGCGUGAGUAAGACCGCCUUGGUGAGUCUGACCCGGGCGCUGGCCCCGGAGCUGGCUCAGAGCAACAUCAGGGUGAACUGCGUGGCCCCCGGCAUCAUCAAAACGCACUUCAGCGCCCCGUUGUGGGAAAAUGACGACAUCAUGGAUUACUUCAAAAAGCAGAUGUGCAUCAAAAGAGUCGGUGAAGCGGAAGAAAUCGGGGGAGUGGUAGCCUUCCUGUGCACGCAGGAGGCCUCGUACAUCACGGGAGAGACCAUCGCAGCCACGGGGGGGAUCGGCUGUCGACUGUGAAUCUUCCAGAAAUCUUCCGCUGGCUAUUUGUCAUUUGCGUAUUAACGGCUAUCGAAUGUUUUUUUUUUUAGACUUAAGCAUUCUCGCAAUUAGCUUAGCAUUCAUUGUUUGUUUUUGCUUUCAUUUGUAAACACAACACGGUGUUCAUAUGAGUUGCAGGUGAAUUUGAAAGAGAGUUCAAUGCUGAAUGAAACUGUGUGUCUCUGUGGUGAAAUGUUGCGAGGAGGGGCUUCCGCUGCC